AUGCACCGAAUUCUUGCAGCCGACGAAGAACCUAUACAUCAAGCGACCGCGAACGAGUCCCAAUCACCCUCGGGAGAUACUGUAGCUGAGGACGCUGCAUCCAUACUCGAAUUUCUUGCUUGGGGCCGAAGAAAGAAUCCGGAUCUUUUGCCAGUAACAUCACCUGAAGCCAUCACCCAAGCUUCGACUGUAGGAGAUGUCCAGAUUCCUCAAGCAAAUUCCGACCUCGCAUCUUCAGAUGAAGGCAACCUUGAUGACCUAUCGCAAACCUCGGUCCUCCAACUUCUUCUUCCCGAGCCACAGAAGACGUGGGAAUUGGUCCUUUGGCACGAGAAUUGUCUGUUGUGGUAUCAUUGUUCUUACUAUGGCCCCUCGCUAAGGAGCCAAUUGAAAAGUUUCUACGACAAGUGCGACGGCUCAAUAGAGCAUCCGGGUAUCGAUCUCCAAUGGGUAGCCUUCUUAUUCUCUGUCCUGGCCGGGAGCAUCACAUGCCUCCCUGCUGAAGCAGCGGAAAGAUUUGGAUUUGACGAGAGGGAAAGGGAAAUUCUCUCAAAGCGAUGGUUCCAGGCUGCAAUAACUUGCCUCAACAAAGCCGACUUUGCCUCCAACCAUUCAAUCCUCUCGAUCCAGGCCAUCGCUACUUUAACCCUAUCCGCCCAUAUGCUUGGUUUCUCCAACCUCCAAUCGACUUACCUCGCUGCUUCUGUACGCAUCGCACAGAGCCUUGGUAUUCAUCGCCUUACUGCUACUGUCCCUGGGGGAGAAGUAGAAAAGGAGGCAGGGCGCCGUGUUUGGUCACAGAUAUGUUGUCAAGACUGGUUCAGUCUUCCAUUUUCCGACACAUAUCUCAUUAAUCCGGCGUACUCCAAAUCGGAGCCGCCACUUAAUUGCCACGAUGGGCAUCUCACGUCUCUGCCAGAUUCCAUACCCACGGUUGCUGGCUACUCAAGAUUUCUGGGCAAGAUCGCACGGAUCAUGCCCCAACUACAGGAUGGGCUCAUGUCCUGCAAUACACUGUUCACGAAAUAUGAGCAGGUCCUGAAGUGGGACAAGCAACUGCGCACAAUCGCGAUUACGAACCGACCAAGAUACUUGUCAAGUAUACCCCUAGAACCGGACUGGCCAGUGUGGGUUCAUUGGGCCCGAAGGUCGUUGGCCAUCUCCUCGGCUCACAAGAUCAUCAUGAUCCAUCGAUCUUUCCUUUCCAAGAGCUUCUCUAACCCAGCAUUCGCAUUCACGAGGAAGACCUGCCUAUCAGCUUCCAAGACCAUCAUGAAAGAGUAUAAGUGUGUGUUUGAAGAGGAUGGCCCGGUGUUAUGGAUACAUCAGGCGUUUGCCGUCGCCGCCUCGAUCAUUUUGAUUUUAGAUCUUUUUCACUCCGGACCAGGCGAGCCAAGCAAUGCUGAACAUUUACAACUUAUCAAAGACAUGGUUAGAAUGCUUCACAAGUGCCGAAAUAGCACCAUUGCUGCUAGGGGCGUUAAGCUUCUCACGUCUCUCUAUGACGAGGUAUCUGGGACUGUGGCCCCUCAAGGAUCCAAAAGGACCUCAAGCGACGACAUUGACGAAAGCAAUAUGCGCUGCCAAAAGAAGCCACGUCUUUUUAACGUCCCGGCAUUUGUGAAGGCAUUUUGCAAUGAUCAGAGAGCCCAGGCUAUCCAUACUUCGCAGAUUGAAGCACCCACCGCGGCCAACUCGAUUUCACUUGCCGACAGCUUUUUCGAUGCGGGUCCGUUUGAUGAGGAGAGCAUAGAGAACUUGUUCUAUUUAGCAAGCCAAGACUUGUCGAUAUAG